UACUACUGCUGGGCUGGGCUGGGCUGGGCUGGGCUGGGCUGGGCUGGGCGGGCUGCGCCAGAGCUCGCCUGCACACAUUAGCUGCAGAGAGAGGAGAGCCACGCUUCUCUGACCAGCUUCUGGAGCCAAGCCAGAUCUUCCCGUGAGCCUCAAGUUUUAGGAACUGAAAAGUGUGUUUGAAAGACUCACCCAGAACUCCAAUGGCCAGCAACAAUACCGCCAGCAUAGCACAAGCCAGAAAGCUGGUAGAGCAGCUGAAGAUGGAAGCUAACAUCGACAGAAUAAAGGUAUCUAAGGCAGCUGCAGACUUGAUGGCAUACUGUGAAGCACAUGCCAAGGAAGACCCCCUCCUGACCCCUGUUCCGGCUUCAGAGAACCCAUUUAGGGAGAAGAAGUUUUUCUGUGCCAUCCUUUAAGUCUUCAAGAGGAGCUUGGAGAGCCUCACGGCUCCUGGAACACUGAUGUAGAGUUUUUAGCAAAGUGGGCACCUUUCUAGUCCACAACAUUUAAGCAGAGGGAGGAGAACCAUCCUGGAAACUCCAGGCCAUGCAUGUUUAAAGAACUGGUCCCCUUUAUGAGAAUGAAAGCUGAUCCACAUCCCCAAGUUAAGCAAUCUGAUACCUGCAGAACUGCCUGGAGGAGGGGAAAUCCAUAAAGAUAAAAAUCGAUGUCAUUUCUUUUCUGCUUUCCCUCCCCAAACUUUGUUUCUGCUUCAUAUUUAAAAAAAUAAAAAUAAAACAGACAGUUGUCCUGAGCUAAGAUAUGUAUGACCUUCUUGGAAUGAAAACUGCCUUUAGAAUACCCUUUGAUAAACUGAGUUAUCCAGUGUAACUGCAAUCUGUAUAGUUUAAUGGCAUUGGUGUUGAGUCUUUGUGCCUUUCUUUUUCUUUUUUUUUUCCUUCCUGCCCCCUGAAGCCUUCCCCACUAGAGUAGUACAGAGAUAAGGCUGGACUUUCCUGUAAGACUGGACUCCAAAGGCUGAGCAUCCAGAAUGUUUAGGGAGAGUUUCCCCAUGGUCUAUCCUUACAGUGACAGCAGCAAUGCCAGUUGUCUGUGUUGUUUAACCACUAGUCCUAAUAUCUGUACAUGAUCCCUCUGAUUGUGCAAGUAAAAAUAAAUUAUGUGUCGUGACUGGUGCUUUGAUAUAUUUGUGAUAAUUUGGGGAUAAUAUUGCAUGAAAAUAUCCCUAUGUUACAUCCAUUCAGAAGUUUCAUUGUUUUACUUUAAAGUUGGAAAAUGGGAGAGAGAGAAAGGAGAAUAGAAGCUGGAGAAGAAAAAAAAUCCUCAGUGUUUUGAAAAUUGAGAUUGCUUCAGCACCUUAUCCAUGCCUAAAAUACCUCCUACAUAAAAUUGGCAUAAAUUUCUCUUCAGUGUGUUUCCCAGGAUUUAGUGCAUUCAGGUUGUACACAAGACACGGGGCAGUACAGGUGCCCUAAGCAAGAGAGGUAAAGAUUCACUAUGACCUGGUAGAUGUUUUUAUCACAGAGUAGAGCAAACUUCCUCUUUCCCUGAGUCACAGAAAUUCUUGAUUGUAAGAACACUUUCUAUAAUCUUCUUUUAAAAAGGAAAAGAAAAAAGCAGACCCUUAUUUGUUCUAGUAACAGGAGAAGUUAAGUCCAUAGCUCCAGAAAAGACCCCAUCUCAAAAUCCCAACCAUUCACAAGUCAAGGAGUAGAGUGUCUACUGAGCCUCACUUUCAGUAGAGGGAUCUGGCUCUUUUUCCUACUGAGAUGGUCUUCCUUUGGUCUUUCACCAAAAUUUUCAACAGGAACUUCUCUUUCUUCUUGUUCUAUACCUUACCUGUUAGAAUCCUUAUUUGCAACAUCAUUGCAGCUUCUUCCUAAAAGAUGAUGUUGGAAGUUGGAAGUGAGUUUUCAUCAUUGCACCAGCAAUGGGAGCACCUGCAGUCAUUAUCAGUUUUCCCUGUGACUUCCCAGACAAAAUUUAAAAACAGCCUCUCCUAUGCCUCCUUGCUUGCUUUGAAAUCCCCAAAGCCAUUAUGAAUUGCAUUCUCUCUCCAUUUUCUUCCUCCUGCUGAAAAGAAAAGAGACUGAGAGCAUGAAGAAAAAGGAAAAGAAGAGAUAAAAAAAUAUAUUUAAUGUGCCCAGGCUAGAUUUUGAAAGAAAUUUGGUAAAUAUUUACUUUAGCACCUUUUAUGACCAUGAUGACAGAAAAGUAAAUAAAUGAAUAUAUCCAAUUGAAGCCAACUCCUAUGGAGGUAAGGGGGCACUGAGAUGUUUAGAAAUUAACAAAUACAACUCUAUAACAAAAUUUCCUGUUCCAAAUUUGGGAUUUUGAUACAGUCAGUGGGAUGCUAGUGAAGAUUUAGAGGAGAAAAAAUAGCCCUGGUGAAGUAUUUCUUAAACUGUAGUAUUGUAUCAUUCAUUACCUGAGCUAGUGAAGCUAUAGAAUCAGUCAAAAUCCUAUCACAUGUUUUCAAUGAGAAAAAUUGUGAAUUGAAUCUCUGUUCACAUAAAAAUAACUAUGAGUAAAGCACUGCUCUAUGGCAAGUAAGACCUCAUAGUGAGAUCCCAAUGAUUUUCAUAAUUUACAUCAUUUAUUUUUCUCAGAAGGACUCCAUAUUUCCAUGUAAGUCUAGAUCAUCAGUAUAAUUAAAAUGGAAUUAAAACUUUUAGGAAGCACCAUGUUAAGUUCCAAAAUGCAUGCGAUCUUGUUUAUUAAAGAAAAUAGAGAGAAAAACCAUAUACAGCCCAUCUGAAAUUAAGUUUAAAAGAAUGAUUCUAGUAUUUUUUUCAUAAUUAUAUGUCCUACAGUACUGAAUUAUAAUACUAAAGUCUUGGCAUGUAUUUUGACUUAUUGGUAUUUUUAUGUGUUAUAUGGAAGAAUUUUUUUUUUUACUACUUAGGCCUCUAAAGAGGCCUUAUUCAACAACCAUUUUCACCAGCAUACUUUUAUCUUAAGGGGGUAACUAAUAGAAGAACUUAGCUUAAUUGCUCAUGGUCCUAGUUUCUUUAUGUAAUAUUUCAGAUAGUAAUGAAAAGCCUAUAUAGAACCAAACAGUAACUCUUAUAUUUAAAAUGCAAAUUCUGUCAAGAAAAAAAUCAAUUUUGCAUCAGCCUGGUUUUUGUUUUUUUUUCAAAUUUAAACCAAGCACUAUUAAAUUUAAAUCAGAAAUUUCAAAUAAAUGCCUUGACCUGAAACUAAUUUUGCCACUUUCAAAUAGAUUGCUUACCAAGAAAAAAUUUAAAACUAUUUCUCCAUACACUCAUUUACAUACAUAAGGAAAAUCAAACAUGAUGUCUUUUUUUUUAAAUAAUUUAUUUCUUUAUUGGGGAAUUAAUGCUUUACAUUCAACAGUAAAUACAAUAGUUUGUACAUGCAUAACAUUCCUCAGAUUCCCAUUUAACAAUACAACCCCCACUAUUUCAUUCAUCAUUUUUCAUGGACCUGUAUUCUCUCCACCCACCCACCCACCCCAGAGUCUUUUACUUUGGUGUAAUACUCCAAUUCCAUUUCAGGUUCGACUUGUGUUUUCUUUUCUAAUCUUCAAACAUGAUGUCUUAGGGAAUUUUUGUAUUAAAAAAUAUUUGCUUCUAACUGCUCCUAGCAAUGAUAAAUUGUUGCAUAUAUAUAUAUAUAUAUGUAUAUAUAUAUAUAUAUGUGUGUGUAUAUAUAUAUAUAUAUAUACACAUAUAUAUAUAUAUAUAUUAAUGUUUUCCCAAACCAAGACUUGUUCACAUUUUUCCUAUAUAAGAUCUAUGGAGGGGCGUGUCUGUCAGAAUGGGAAAUACAGAAAUGUUAAGGCAGGAAAACCUGGAUGUGAUGUGCACAUUUUCAUCCCAUAUGGACAAUGUAUUUGUUUUAAUAAAUGGAAUUUUCAGAUUCA